GAUAUCGAUUAGUCGAGGUCCAGACAAGAUAUACUUGCCUUCCUGAGCUCAGCAAUAUCCUUUGCUGGUGGACGUCCACCGAACACCCAUCCGUGGAACCUGAUGGUGAGAAGAAUAUUAGGCGCUCGUUCCAGGAAUUCGAUGCGCGUGACGGCUUAGUCUAUCACAUCAAGAACCACCACCAAGUUUAUCUCUUCUUUUUCGAGUAUUAUGGCACACGUAUCGCCUGCAUGGUUUCUGGCUGCUGUAGCAAUUGCCACCUUCAUCGUCGUUCAUCACAUCCGUAGCUCUUGGCGCAAGCUCCCACCUGGACCUAGAGGGCUUCCUAUCAUUGGCAAUCUUCUCCAGCUACGUGGCAAACAAUGGCUCACGUUCACUGAGCUGGGAACGAAAUAUGGCGACCUUAUGUACUUCAGCAUUGCUGGGCAGCCUCUAAUAGUUAUCAACUCUCUGAAGGUUGCCGCAGAUCUCUUAGAUCGUGCAAAGUUUUCGGAUCGGCCACGCAACAUCGUCGCCUCAGACAUAAUGACUGGAGGAAUGUUCGUCGCGUUCGCUCAUUAUGGAAAUUCCUGGCGCCAUAUGCGCAAAGCAGCUCAUGAAGGCCUUAACAAAAACAUCGUGAACCAAUACCAUCCGAUCCAAAUCAAAGAGGCAGUCCUUCUUGCAGCUGAUAUGCUAGCAGGGCCCGACCGAUGGCUAGCGCAUGUUCGCCGUACCGCCGCAUCUACCAUCAUGUCCAUUGUAUACGAUAGGCCUCCAACUUCCGAACAAGACCCAUCCAUCAAACGCAUCAACGAUUUUGCUACUCGGUUGACUCGUGCUGCUAUGCCUGGUGCUCACUUUGUGGAGGCUUUCCCCUGGAUGCAGCAUAUCCCCAGCAAAUACGCGAAGUGGAAAAGAGAAGCGGAGGGCUGGUACGCCAAAGAUUCGUCCAUGUUCGAAAGCCUCUUCAAGAGUGUCAAGGAUCGAGUUGCCGAAGGCGAUGAGCGUCCCAGCUUUGCAGCUACUCUGGCGCAAGGCGCCCGAAGGCAUGGGCUGACCGAACAUGAAAACUCCUGGCUGGCGGGAGCUAUGUACACGGCUGGUGCUGAAUCGAGUUCAGCGGCUUUAUCCUGGUGGAUGCUCGCUAUGAUCUUGUACCCCGAUGCGCAGAAACGAGCCCAAGCAGAACUCGACAAGGUCAUCGGUCGCGAUCGACUCCCCACGUUCGCAGAUCACGAGCAUUUGCCGUAUGUCCGUGCAAUGGUAAAGGAAACUCUCAGAUGGCGCCCAGUGGAUCCAGUCGGGCUUCCUCAUCGGUCGACAGAGGACGAUAUCUAUAACGGAUACUUCAUUCCUGCGGGUAGCAUCCUCCUCGCCAACGUCUGGCAUAUUAAUAGAGAUCCGGAGAACUUCGGGCUUGAUGCCGAGCACUUCAAUCCUGCCCGACACCUCGAUGAAGCAGGCCAACUCGCUCCAGGACUUGCAGGCACCAAGGAAGAGAGUCACGUCUCUUUCGGCUUCGGUCGGCGUAUCUGUGUUGGGCGACAUAUCGCUAACAACACCCUAUUUGCUAUCAUAGCCACGUUGCUUUGGGCUAUGGACAUAGAACCUGCCACGGAUGAGAAGGGUGUUCCCCUUCCGUUGGAUGUUGACGGAUGUGUUGAAGACGGAGUGGUGGUCCGCCCGAUGCCUUUCAAGGUCAAGGUAACUCCAAGGUUCCCGGAAGCACAGGCUAUUGUGGAACACGAACGGGAGCUUCUUGGUCACUACUAAAUGGAAAGGAUUCAGUAAUUGUUCUAUCUUCUCGAAUGUUUUGUGUACUUCACUAUAGGGAAUUAAGCUAUCAGUUAUAACAAGACGUCACUCGCAUAAAUUCCAUGCAGGUGCCUUCCUGUGUGCAUGUGAUGAGAGCAUCAUCCAA